UUAUGGCAUUGUGGAGGAUUAGGGAUGUGCUAUUUUGAUUUCCAUUUGAUGAGUAAUGUAAUUGGAAAAAAGUAGAAUAAGAACAAUAUAAUUAGGUCGGGAAGGAAAAUUGAAUGCCAUCCGCCAUUUUUGUUGUUCGUCGGGAUCGAAAUCUAAAUGCGGCAUGCUCCAUCGAUGCUUCUUGCCUUCUUCGAUCUCGGCGCCUGCGCUUCGGCCCUUCGCCAGGGAUUCGUUGAUUGAAUUCGCCGCGAAUCCCUGGGGAAACCAAAUCCCCACUUUGAUGUGGUUUUAGGCUACGGGAGGCGAUCAAAACCCUUCUUUUACUGCCGCAAUCCCUUUCCUUUGGCUUUGGAGAUCUCGGCGAUGCCUUCUGCCCCCUCUUUCGAUGGCGCGAAAGCCGAGGAGGCCCAGGAAUCCCAGUUGUAAAGCGUCAUUUGGAUCAUGUGCUGUUGAGGGCUCUGAAUGUUGCGAAUGACGCGGGAGAGCUUGAUCAGAAUCGCAUGUUUGUGCUUGGUUUGCAUGAAAUCCUUGGUCUGGAGCGCCACAGACCCGGGAGAUUAUGCGAUUCUCGACGAAUUCAGGAAAGGGUUAUCUAACGCGGAGCUGCUUGGAUGGCCGACGAACAAUAAGGAUCCGUGCGGCACUCCUAAAUGGCCUCACGUCUUCUGCUCUGGCUCUCGGGUCGCUCAGAUUCAGGUCCAGAACAUGGGGUUGAGCGGGCCUCUACCUAAGGACUUCAACAAGCUCUCUAUGCUGAGCAAUAUCGGCCUUCAAAGGAACAAUUUCAACGGGCAGUUGCCGUCUUUCAGAGGUUUGUCCAAUUUGCAGUAUGCCUACCUUGGAGGCAACCAGUUCGACACUAUUCCUUCGGAUUUCUUUGUCGGCCUCACUGCUUUGCAGGUUCUGUCCUUGGAUAAGAACCCCCUGAAUCAGAGCACCGGAUGGGUUUUACCCUCAGAUUUGGCGAAUUCAGCGCAGCUGGUGAAUCUGUCACUCAUUCAAUGUAACCUUGCUGGUGAAAUACCAGAGUUCCUCGGAAGCAUGAGCUCUUUAUCUGCCCUGAAACUUUCUUAUAACAAUCUAAUCGGCAGCAUUCCAGCAAGCUUCUCGGGUUUGCCUCUGCAAAUUCUGUGGCUUAAUAAUCAGAAUGACCCAGGGUUGUCUGGUCCAAUUGAUGUCAUUGCACAAAUGACAAUGUUGAAUGAUGUUUGGCUCCAUGGGAACCAGUUUUCAGGAUCUAUCCCCAAUUCAAUUGGUGCGUUAACUUCCUUGUCACGACUUUGGCUUAACAACAACCGAUUUGUUGGUCUUGUUCCUGAAAAUUUGACAAACCUGCCACAGCUCAAGUCAUUACAAUUGGAUAAUAAUAUGUUGAUGGGAGCAAUUCCAAAAGCGAGCUUCACUAACUUCACAUAUGCUGAGAACUCAUUUUGCCAAUCUAAACCAGGAGUGCCUUGCUCACCAGAUGUGACUGCACUUUUGUAUUUCCUUGAUGGAGUAAACUUUCCACCAAAGCUUGCAGAUUCUUGGUCCGGUAAUGAUCCUUGCACUGGAUCUUGGUUAGGCGUUUCUUGUUCCAAUGAAAAGGUUUCAGUUAUAAAUUUGCCAAACAGUGAGUUAAAUGGCACCAUCAGUAAAACUCUGGGCGAAUUGGAUUCUCUAGUGAAUGUUUUUCUAGAGGGAAACAAUCUUAUUGGCUUAAUACCUAAUAGCUUGGCGAGUUUGAAAUCUUUAAGAGUGCUGAACCUCUCUUCCAAUGAUCUCUCACCUCCGGUGCCAAAAUUCGCUAGCAAUGUAAAGGUCCUACUAGAUGGAAAUAAGUUACUGAUAAAUCCUUCGCCACCAGGAUCUCCCAGCAUUGUUUCUCCUAGCAACUCUCCUCCAAGUGCUGAUACCCCAUCAACAGACUCACCAAAGGCUCCUGGAGCGCCAUCUUCCUCAUCCAGUUCAAGUGAUAUUGCAGGAAGUUCUAGAAAGCCAAAUGUUUUAUUUAUCAUCAUUCCAAUUGUGCUUGGAAUUUUAAUAAUAGUCCUUGUCAUGCUACUUUGUUACCGGCGUUGGAAGGGCAAAACCUCUGUAACAGCAUCAACAGGCUCCGCCACAACUCAACCUAGUAACUCUUUAGGUCCAGCUAAUUUAGAUAAGUCGGUGGCAAAAGAUAAUGCCAAUAAUAGCAUAGCCACCAGCAUCACUGAACGUUACAGCCAAAACAGCAGCAAUACUACUAAUACCUAUGCCAUAGAUUCAGGAAACUUGAUAAUAUCAGUUCAAGUUCUUCGAAGUGCUACAAAAAACUUUGCUUCUGAAAAUGUGCUUGGUCGUGGUGGAUUUGGUGUGGUCUACAAGGGAGAAUUGCACGAUGGGACGAUGAUAGCAGUUAAGAGAAUGGAGUGUGUUGUUUUAAGUAACAAGGGUUUAGAUGAGUUCCAUUCAGAGAUUGCUGUUCUUUCAAAGGUUCGACACCGUAAUUUGGUCUAUAUUUUGGGUUACUCUGCAGAAGACAAUGAGAGACUUUUAGUAUAUGAAUACAUGCAUCAGGGAGCUUUAAGUAGGCAUCUUUUCCAAUGGAAAGAGCUGGGGUUGGAGCCUUUAUCUUGGAAAAAGAGACUGAACAUUGCAUUGGAUAUUGCUCAUGGGUUAGAGUAUCUUCAUAACUUGGCUCACCAGUCCUUUAUCCACAGAGAUCUGAAGUCCUCGAAUAUACUAUUAGGAGAUGAUUUCAGAGCAAAAAUUUCAGAUUUUGGAUUAGUGAAGCUUGCACCUGAUGGGAAACAAUCUGUUGCAACGAGACUUGCUGGGACCUUUGGAUACUUAGCUCCAGAAUAUGCUGUGACCGGAAAAGUGACGACAAAAGUUGACGUCUUCAGUUUUGGUGUUGUUCUCAUGGAGCUAUUGACUGGUAUGAUGGCUCUAGAUGAAGAAAGGCCUGAAGAAAGCCAUUACUUGGCUUCCUGGUUCUGUCGCAUGAAGACAAGUAAAGAUAAGUUAAGGAGCAUCAUCGACGCAUCUCUUUCUGUUACAGAUGAAACUUUUGAAAGUUUUGUUGUCAUUGCUGAUCUAGCAGGCCAUUGUGCUGCUCGAGAGCCUUACCAGCGACCUGAGAUGGGGCAUGCUGUUAAUGUGCUUGCUCCACUCGUCGACAACUGGAAGCCUGUGAAUGACGACCAGGAGGAAAAUUUAGGUAUUGAUUUUGGUAAACCCCUUCUUCAGAUGGUUAAGGGAUGGCAAGCUGCUGAUGCUACAGAUGUUAGUUCUGCUAGCCUUGAUGAUAGUAAAGGAAGCAUCCCUGCAAGGCCUGCUGGAUUUGCAGAGUCUUUCACUUCUGCCGAUGGCCGAUGAUUAAACCUUCAAAUGAUAGUUUCCUUGCUUUUGUUUCUACUUCUUUUGGUAUUUGUUCUUAAAUAUCUUGCAAGUUCUUUCAGAUAGGUGUCUUUCAAGUCCUUAAGGCGAUCAAUUAGAGUUUUAUGAUUGUUGUUAUGUUCAGUCAGUAAGAACUGUGGGGUUUGUUUCUACAAGGUAUAAUCGACUGUCUGGAUUUGUUGUAAAUAGAAAGAGAAAGUCCUAAACUCUUAUUAUAUAAUCAACGAGUAUAUGCAUAUCUUGUUUCGGGCAAAUGAAGAGCAAUCUGAUUCACGCACUGGUUUAA